AUGGGAGGGGUGGUGGGAAUGGCGGCGGGAAGGGAUUCUACGAGGUGUAUGCGCUUGGUCCCAGGACAUGGACUGGCGGUGCGAUGGUUUUCGAAAUCGGUUUCGAGUUGUAGACGGAGGGGUGAUUUGGGUUUGGGUCUGGGUCGCUCGGGGGAGAUUGGGGGCGCGCUUUUUUCUGAUAUGUCUCGACGGGAGAGAGGGAUUGUGAGGUAUGCGACGGAGAGUAAUGGGAAGAGAGAUAGCAAACAACCAACAUCAACACCAGCACCCCUCAAAAAACCUCUCAAAGUCCUCAAAUCCAUCAAGUCGCUCACACCGCAUGAAAACAUCUACACCAUCCCCAAUAUCCUUACCUUCUCUCGUCUCAUCGCUGCCCCCGUUUGUGGAUACCUUGUUCUGCAUGAUCAGCAUGCGUGGGCUGUCGCACUCUUUGCUUAUGCUGGAAUCACGGAUUUGGUAGAUGGAUGGAUUGCGAGAAAAUGGAAUUUGCAGACGGUGGUAGGAACGGUUAUUGAUCCAAUGGCGGAUAAGACUUUAAUGACGAUUUUGACGGUUUGUUUGGCGAUUAAGGGGGGUUUGCCUGUCUGGCUCGCAACUAUAAUCCUCGGCCGCGACAUCGGACUCGCCAUCUCCGCCAUCUACUGGCGAUGGAUUUCUCUUCCUCCUCCUAAAACCUUUUCUCGCUAUUGGGAUUUCUCUCUUCCGUCUGCAGAAGUACAUCCAACUACUAUUAUAGCCACAACCACCAUUUGGAGCGGAAUGAGUUACAUUUACACCAAAGACGCCGUAAAGAUAGUAAACCAACAACAAGAUCCUACAAAGAAAGAAAAGAAGCAGGAACAGGAACAGCAAUCAAAAUAG